AUGGCAGCUGCUUAUGCAACUCUACUUUCUGCUAUGAAUAUCAUAAACAACCUUCGCCAUCAUCCCUGCCCUCCUAUUUCUCUCCCCAUUCAACAAGUUGAGUCUCUCACUCAAAAGAUUAAUUUCCUGCUCCAAUUUCUCGAGGGCUAUAACCCACAUCGUGGCUACUCGCAAGAAGCGGAUCCGUUGGAGUCUCGCAUUGCAGAUGCAGCUUAUGCGGCUGAACACGCCAUUGAAUCUCAUAUUUUCGAUCAGCUCACAAAUAAUGGAGAAAAUAUGAGAUCUGAUGGCCUUUAUGAAGCUCUGGAGAAGGUGAUACAAGAUAUGGCUUCUAUUGAAGAGGAGGCCAAGCAAAUUCAAGGGAGAGUUGGAGUCCAACAUCAGCUGCCUCCUGAUUCCUCGAGAUCUUCUUCGAUUCCGCAGCAGAGUAGCAUGGUGGGUGCUGAUAAUGCCAAGUUUCAAAUGAUGGAUAAGCUCACUUCUCAUUGCCGUGAUCUACAAAUCACUUCCAUUGUAGGGAUGGGCGGUUCGGGUAAGACCACUCUUGCUAGAAAUAUUUAUGAGGAACGUCUUAUUAAGAAGCAUUUUUAUAUUUGUGCUUGGGCUACCAUCUCUCAAGAAUAUACCAUUAGAGAAAUAUUGGCAGUAGUUCUUCGUCAGUUAAAUAUAAGAGUUGAUGACAAUUUGAGUGAGCAUGAAUUAGGAAGAAAAUUGUAUCAACAUCUUUAUCAUAGAAGAUACCUAAUUAUAAUGGAUGAUAUGUGGAGCAUCGAUGCAUGGGAUGGAGUUAGAAAUUAUUUUCCAAAUAACGAAAAUGGUAGCAGAAUAGUGGUAACAACUAGGCUAUCGGAUUUGGCUUCUAAAUUCCCUGACUCUGAUAUCAUUGGGAUGAAACUUUUAGAUGAGGCUGAAAGUUUGGAGCUUCUCUCCAAAAUUGUGUUUGGGAAAGAAGGUUGGCCUCUUGAAUUGGAGGAAAUCGGAAAAAAGAUUGGAAAAAGUUGCAAAGGACUUCCAUUGUCAAUUGUUGUGGUGGGAGGCCUUUUGGCAAAGUCCAAACAGGAAAGAGAGUUUUGGGAAUAUAUAGGGGAAAACUUGAAUGCAAGUGUCGUUAAUUUAGAGGAUGAUGAACGUUGCUUGAAAAUACUAUACAUGAGUUACAAGCAAUUGCCAAUACAUUUGAAACCAUGCUUUCUCUAUAUGGGAGUUUUUCCCGAAGAUGCGGAGAUUGGUAUGUCAGAGCUCAUUAGACAUUGGCUUGCGGAAGGAUUUGUGAAAGCAGUAAAUGGGAAAUGCUUGGAAGAGAUAGCAAAAGAGUAUUUAAAAGACCUUUUUGGUAGAAAUCUUGUUUUAACGAGUACCAAUUACUGGGGAAAGAAGUGCUACCAAAUUCAUGACUUGUUGAGAGACCUGUGCUUGCGAGAAGCUGAAAAAGAAAGGUUUUAUAAUACCGCAAAAGACAAUGAAGACAUAAGUGUCUUGGCGCCUAUGUCACAAGCUCGUUGUUUGAUGUGGAAUGAUCAAUAUGAGUUAUCACCUCUCAAUAUGAGCUUGUUGAGGAUAGUGAAAACAAGGAAAAACGAAUGGGAAGAUUCGAAUUUAUCUGGAAACGUGGAUCAGUUAGUUAACUCACGGUUCCUUCAAAUAGGUUUAAGAGAGGGGAAUUUUCCUUGUUCAAUAUGGCGAUUUUGGAAUCUACAAACACUAAAUGUCCACACCCGUUAUGCGAUUACGGCGCCAACUGAUUUUUGGUACAUGCCUCACAUCAGGCAUGUUCAGUUCAGCGUAGGUCUUCGUCUCACAGAUCCUCCUAACGACCAAGAUGACAUUGUUUUGGAAAAUCUGCAAAGUUUGGAGAGAGUAAUUAAUUUCAAGUGUAGCGAACAAGUUGUCAAAAAAAUUCCCAAUAUAAAAGAAUUGGCUUUUUAUAAUUGGGGAGAGCAUUCUUUGAGCAAGCUCGAUUGUCUAACUAAACUUGAGUUCUUGGAUUGCAAUUUUUCUGGAAAGUGUGAAAUCGACUUUCCCCAUUCACUCAAGACAUUGAUUCUUUGUUGCAAAGAUCAUUGUUGGGAAGACAUAUUGGAUAAGGUAGGUGUGUUGCCCCAUCUUCAGAUGCUCAAAAUCUCAAGAGGGAUAUUCUACGGAGGAAAGUGGGAAACAACUGAAGGCCAAUUUCGCAGCCUCAAAAUCUUGAGUAUUGACUGGUGUGGACCGUGUGGUGGUCUAGAAAUCUGGAAAAUUGAAAGCUCUCACUUUCCAUGCCUUGAGAGCCUUCAUCUUACUUCGCAAAAUGAGUUACAGGAAAUCCCUUUAGAUUUCGCAGAAAUAGUCACACUUAAAGAAAUUUUCGUGAAGUAUUGCAGCCAUUCGGCAGUGGUUUCUGCAAAAAGAAUAUCAGAGGAACACGCGGGCUAUUACGGGGAAGGAGCCCUUCAAGUUAUCGUUUACCCUUGUGAUAAGAAAGAGGAAGGACUGGAGGGUUUGGAUAGUCCUAACUUUCGUGUUGAACGUUUCUCAUGA